AUGCCUCCCAGGUUACCGCUCGCCCAGGCGGCGCGAUGCUGCCAGGCCUCCCUCACAGCGACGAGACCUUCAGUACCUGCCUCGUCGUCGUCCCUCAUUUCCCUCUUCGCCGCCCUCUCCGUCCAGACCAGAAGCGCAUCCAUCCUCGCCAGCUUGUCCGACAACAGGGGCGCCUACCACAAGCGCAUCCGCAAGGGUCGCGGUCCCUCUUCUGGCUAUGGCAAGACUUCGGGUCGUGGUAUGAAUGGUCAGAAGUCCAAAGGAAAGGUCAACCCAUGGUUCCAGGGUGGUCAGACGCCUUUGAUCGUCUCUCACGGCCGCAAGGGUUUCGUUAACCAGUUCGCUGCCGACAUGUCCGAGCUGAACCUCGACAAGCUCCACGAAUGGAUCGAAGCCGGCCGUAUCGACCCCACGAAGCCCAUCACCCCCAAGGAGAUCAUCAAGUCCGGCAUCAUCGGCAGCAGCAUCAAGGACGGCAUCAAGCUCCUCGGCCGCGGCAAGGAAGGGUUCAAGAUCCCCAUCAACAUCACGGUUUCGCGCGCGUCCGGUUCGGCCAUCGAGGCCAUCGAGGCCGCCGGCGGCAAGAUCGUCACCCGAUUCUACACUAAGGAGUCGCUCAAGCGUCUGGUGCAGGGCAAGUCUCUCCACACCGAUAAGCCGCUGCCGGUGGGCAAGGAGCACGUGGAGGAGAUCCUGGCGCAGGCGCGGUCGCUCAAGAAGAAGUACUACCGCCUGCCGGACCCAACCAGCCGUUGGGAUAUCGAGUACUACAGAGAUCCGGCGCAUAGGGGCUAUCUCAGCCACCAGCUCGCGCCCGGCGAGUCGCCCAGUUUGUACUUCAAGGUGCCGACGGGCGGCGAGAAGGUCAAGGUGGUCAGGGCCGAAAAGGUCAAGGCCAGCAAGACUGGGGAUGCGGUGGUGUCGGAGAAGCUCUUCUAA